AAAUGUGCAAGGCCUUUUGUCCUGUGGUUCCGUGUAACAGCUCUGCCCUAAAACUGGAGAACAGAAGUUUGGGUAGAGCAGGUCUUUUAAGGGGAGACACAUGGCUACUUGAAAAGAAGCAGGAGAAGAAGAAAAGAAGACCCUCAGACUUGAGAUGCAGUACAGCUCACCUCUAUCAGUUCUACCAGAGGACAAAUGCAGUCUGGAGUGGGUUCAUCCUACAAGCCCUGAUGGUUAUGAAGCUGGAAGGACUGUGAGGAGAGGACCACAGCACACUUUACACAGUUUUGAGACCAGGCCGUUCAACAUCAGUGAAGGAUGGAAGAGGCAGCAGACGACCCAGUCAAGCUGACCAGCCAACAAGCUCUGUUUGUCCCUGACAAGAAAAAGACCAAACGUCCCGCCAUCUCCACUCUCAAAUUGUUCAUCGUGGCAUUGUCCUUCACCUACUUCUCCAAAGCUUUGACAGGGACCUACAUGAAGAGCUCCAUCACUCAGAUUGAGAGACGUUUCGACCUCUCCACCACACAUGUAGGACUCAUAGACGGCAGUUUUGAAAUGGGUAACUUGUUAUUCUUAGCUGUUGUCAGCCAUUUUGGGGCCAAACUGCAUCGGCCGAGGCUCAUCGCUGUGGGUUGUUUCCUCAUGUCUGUGGGGGCCUUACUCACCGGCCUUACACAUUUUUUCAUGGGACGCUACAAAUACGACACAGUCAUUCAGCUUUUCCAGAAUGACAGCAUGAGCAUCGCAGCUUGUGCGGACCCUUUGAAACAACCAGAGAUAGAGAUAGACCCUCCAGUGGAUGGCAGUAAUGCAGGCUGUGUGAAGGAGUCUGGUUCCAAUAUGUGGAUCUAUGUUUUCCUGGGAAAUGCUCUGCGGGGUAUUGGAGAAACCCCGGUCACCCCUCUGGGCAUCUCCUACAUCGAUGACUUUGCUAAAGCUGAAAACUCCCCCUUCUAUAUUGCUUGUCUCCAGACCAUUACUCUCUUGGGACCUAUGUUUGGUUUCCUCUUGGGUUCCUAUUGUGCCAAACUAUAUGUGGACAUUGGAUAUGUUGAUAUUGACAGUGUGAUUAUCACUCCUAAAGAUGCCCGCUGGGUGGGUGCCUGGUGGAUGGGUUUCCUGGUUUCCUCUGCCCUCCUGCUCAUCUCCAGCAUCCCCUUCUGGUUCCUCCCCCGCUCGCUCCCCAAGCAGGAGGAAGACAAGGACAAGCUGAGUCCCAUCAGUGAGAGAGGGACAGAGGAUGACCUCAACAACAACCACAACCUCAAACUUACUGACAUUGCUAAAGGGUUUUUCCCCUCGCUGAAGCGCCUGUUGGGAAAUCCAACCUACUUUCUGCUCCUUUGUGGAAGCAUCUUGAAGUUCAACUCCUUCAUCGGCCUGUUGACUUUCAAAGCCAAAUACAUGGAACAACAGUUUGGACAGUCUGCAUCCAGGGCCAACUUCCUUAUCGGUGUGUUGAACCUGCCGGUGGUGGCUCUGGGCAUCUUCUUGGGGGGGCUGCUGAUGAAGAGGUAUAAGCUGAGUGUGGUAUCAGGGGCUCAGCUCUCAUUUGCUACGUCCUUCAUGGCGUACCUCCUCCUGCUUCUACAAUUUGGCACCAAGUGUGACAACAUUCCUGUGGCUGGUCUCACUGUUUCAUACAACGGGACACGGACCAUCUCACACCACAGUGACACGCUCUUCUCAGAGUGUAACAGAGACUGCUCCUGUUCCACAGAGGAAUGGGACCCUGUGUGCUCCGACAGCGGCAUCACCUACAUCUCACCGUGUAUGGCUGGCUGCAUCAGCUCCACUGGAUACGGCAGGAACACCGUGUUUCACAACUGCAGCUGUGUGUCCACCUCCUACCCAGCAGGCAGCAGUACCUCAGUGAGGCUGGGACAGUGUCCUCAUGCCAAGGACUGCAGCCGCAGUUUCACCUCCUACAUGGCUGUGUCUGUUCUCAGCUCCUUUAUCAACUCUCUGGGAGCCACACCUGGAUACAUGGUCAUCAUACGAUGCAUCUCACCUGAGCUCAAAUCUCUGGCACUUGGUAUACAGGCCUUGGUUACACGAACUCUUGGUGGAAUUCCUGCUCCAGUAUAUUUUGGAGCCCUGAUUGAUUCAACUUGCCUGAAGUGGUCCAUCAAGAAGUGCGGAGGCAGAGGGGCGUGUCGUAUUUAUGAUGCUGACAUGUACAGGAUCAUCUUCCUGGGCCUGAUCACAUGCCUCACUGGCUCUUCCUAUUUCUUCAUCAUCGCCGUCAUCCUCCUCCUCAGACGAGACUUCCGGAAACCAGAAACACGCACAAAGCGACGAGGAACUUCUAAAGAACUUGAGUUUCGGACCCUGUCAAACCCCCGUGAUGAUGAACCUGGUGCGUGUAAAACUCCCCAGCUGCCUGUGUGCGUAAGCUCUGUGGUGGGUUCCAUCAGAGUGGAGAUACUCCCCCAGGAUGGAACCCUCAUAUCCAAAUGUGACAUACAGGACAUCACAGAUACAGAUACCAGUACCGUUACCGCUGAUGUUGGGGUCACUCCUCCACAUAGUGAUGCAGUAAACAUAGAGAUCAAUGCACAGGUGAAAGGGGAGAGUGAGGAGAUGAUAGACCACAUCCAAGAAGACCAGAAGGAUUUGGAGAAAUGUGCAUCAAACAGCCCAGAACCUGAAAGCCAUCCAGAAUGAGCCAUUCAACAGUCCAGUUAUGACUACAGGGUCAGACAAGGCCAACCAAGUCCAUAAAAGCCUCAGUUACUUCGGUUUUUCAGAGGGAUCAGUUUUUCAUCUCAAUUAUUUUACCUCUCUUGUUUUUGUUUUUUUUGUUUUUUUUUAAUUCUGCCUAGAAACAUGUCACCAAUCAAAUAUUACAUAUCACUCAGAAAAGACAUAAGGAUGCUGGAUGUACAACAAUUCAAAGAGAUGAUUCUGCUGCAGGUUUUUAGUGUAGACUGGCCAGACUGAAAAAUAUAAUCUAGAGCAAACUCCUUUGUCAAAAUAAAUAUUUUCCUCUUUAUGUCAAUAAAUUAAUACUUAAAAUA